AUGAUCCGCCAGACCACUGCUCUCCUCGUUAUCCUUGCUCUUCUCGCCGUUUUCGAUAUGGUUUCCUGUGCUGCAGAUGCUAAAGCAUCCCCCACAUCCACUACAGGCAGUAGCUCCAACGGAGUUGCAUCGUAUUCUGCUCUUGGUGCUUUGAUUGCGACUGUCCUAGCCAACCUCUUAUGA